CGUAAUUAUAGAACAAUGGUUCGUUGCUAAGAAAGUCAGAAAUACAAUAACUCAAUCUCUAAGGUUACCCGACAACAGAAUGUGAUUGAUGUUUUUUUCUGGUAACCUGAUUUUAGUUUCUUACAAAAUCGUUAGGUUUUGGUACUGUUUUGGAGAGCUUCCUCAGACCUUAUCAUGGCGACUUCCGGGGCAAAUGUUUCCGAGGAUCAACUGGAAGAACUAUUCGACUCUUACGCUUCUUCAUCGACGUCAUUGGGAGACAGAACUAGAUGUACAAAACCCAGGCGCAGUCCCAUGGGAAGUUACAUAGUUCCUAAAGGAGGGAAACCAUUGACUUCGCUCGCCCGAGAUUGCAUACCCGCCCCGUCAGACUACAGCCCAAAGAUUGACUUGAUUAAGCCAUCUGCACAGAAAUAUUCCAUUGCCGGACCUUGGAGAACUUCAAAACGCGACAACUUCCUACCGUCCCCAGCCGACUACCAUACAGAGAGUGACAUCAUCUGGAACCACAAAAGUACGACUAUCAAGGGCAAAGGUAAGAUGUGCGUCACAGGACAAGACCCCAUGAAUAACAGUAUUGGCCCUGCCAGUUACAAGGUAGAGAACUUUGCUACAGGAAGAGAUGGCCGAAAGAUUAGAAUUGCGGACAGAGAGACUGUGAGUACUGGACCGCCUGACAAGUUGGUACAGCCAGUGGAUACGCAUGGUCACAACACCCCGGGACCAAACCACCGCCCCAACUCAAGCUAUUGGGGACGCGGACCCAAGAAGUCUAUUGGUACCAGACUUAAAGAGAAAAGAGUCGACAGACCAGGACCAGGACCCGCUGAGUAUACAAUUCACGAUCUCAAUGAUCCAAAGAUUGAAAAAGCUGGAUUUAAAUAUUCGUUUGGUAUCCGUUUCCCAUCUCCUCUGCAAUGGCGACUUGCCACACACGACGACAGCCCAGCUCCCAAUACAUACAACCUUGGCACUACGGUUGGAAGUGCGAUCGCAAAGUCGAUCAGUGGAAGGCAGCCAGUCCUUAAAAACGACUUUGUUCCAGCUCCCAACAAAUACCACCUUCCAGAUAAGAUGCAGACGUCCUCGCGGUCUUGUACGAUGACGUAUAGAAGCUUUGAUUGCUACGAGGGCCCUCAUCCAAGUCCUGCCCAUUACACUAUAAAUAAAGUUAGUCUGAAGAAGGCACCCGCAUACUCACUGAGACUGAGACUCAAAUAUCAUGCUGGAGAAGACUGCAGUACGAAUCCAGCUCCAGGAGAGUACUGUAAAAUAAAGAAAUUCACGGACAACGACGGCCCUGCGUACUCUAUGGGGAAACGUGGUCGAAGUGCCAAAAACGAUGUGCCAGGCCCCAACCACUACUCAGCGGCAAAGUGUACAGUCCCUCCUAAUGCCAAGAAAACGCCAUCUUUCUCAAUAUCCAAAAGAUUUGAAGCACCAGAUAGUAAAAAAAAUAGUCCAGGGCCAGCAGCGUAUUCAGUGAAGCCUCCCCAACAAGGGCCAUCUUACAGCAUGACCAAACGUCCUAAAUCGAAAAAGAAAAUGAAUACACCUGCAGCGAACUCAUACUGUCUGAAAUUUGGGCAGAAUGUGAAAGGGCUCCAUACAGGCCCCAAGGCGACUCUGAAGAGCAGAGCAAGCCCCUUUGUAUACUCAGGAAUUAACAAACAACAAAUAGUAGAGCCAUCUAUUCUGUAAAAUUUGAAUCACCUGACAGUACGAUGGAAUCAAAUUCUAGCACAGAGAUGAUUUAGCACUAUUCAAACUUAUUAAAGACAUGUAAAAUUACAAAGUGUAAUAAAAAUCUAUUACAUACUGAUAUAACAAGUUAUUAUUUCUUGGAUACAUUUGAUUUUAAGACAACAGGCUCAAUAUGGGUGUAACUAACUAUUUAACAGACAAGAUUAGGCUGUCGAGACAAAUGCCUUGCCAACGAUUUACAGAAAAAUAAUAUUUUCAUUAUUUUUGAGUGAAACUUAAAACUAUGUCCUGUCAUAUCAUCUUUGGCAAUUCAGUUUUUCUUUGUCUCAUUGAAAUUGUCCCUUUCCAUUUUUAAUCCCGGUUAGGCCUGAGCUCUUUGAUUACUUCAACACAUCUAGAAACAGACUGAACAAAACAGAGACAUGUAUCAUUCCAUAUUUUAUUACACAAAAAGUAGUUUAUAUACAAUAUCAGAAAGUUACUGAUACACCAAAUAGAUAAAGAAUACUGUAAUAAUGAGUCAC